GUGAGUGUAUAACUAGAGAAAAACAAGGAAGGAGAAGAUAAUCAAAUGAGAAGGCAAGAAGGAUUUCUUCAGAAUUGCAUAUAGUAGUAUUGCUUUGGCCCUUUUGGAACAUGAGGAACAUGGUGAAAUAACUAGAAAUAGCAAUGAAAAAAUACUCCUUUUUGCCCUGCACGAAAUCAAAUCAUGUUUGUCUGAAAGACACACUUGCUGGUGAAACAGUAGGGGAGGGAUAAGGUCUGUUAGUUAGUGGAGAUGAUGCAGGUGAUUUGUUAACAGCCUGGAGAAAGGGCUAGAGAGUCUUGGAGGCCAAUGGUGCAUAAUGCUGGUGGGUGUGGGCAUGGGAGUUCCCCAUCCCUCAAGGUUACAGAGAAGCAAAGCAUCUGUAGGACCAGUUCCACAAUUGCUUCUAGGAAUUGUGAGAUUAACUGUACCUACUGUGUGUAGCAUUCCUACAUGCCUUUGUAACCUCCUACAAACGAAAAAUCUUUGGUUAUAUGAAAAGUAGCAUGUUUAUGAUUAUAUGAAAAGUAGCAUGUUUAGAAAAAGGAACUAGGAGAGCAAGAAACAAAUACUCAGAACAAAGAUCUCAGAAGAGAGAAGCAACCAUAGAGUUAGCUACCGUAACACUGUCUCUUUUGUUUGGCUGAUGUCCAGUUUCCAAUGGGGGGAAUGGUGGUUAAAAUGGUAAUGACCAAAGUGUAGGAAGAGCAGAGCAUUCCUCAGACAAGUGUUACCAUGACCAAAUUGAGGCUGAUUUGGGACAUUAAUUUAUUGUGAGACUCCUGAGUUGUUCUUAAAUGCUGCUUGCUAGGAGGGCAGAAGAUAAGCAGAACUAUUUCCCUCCCAUCACCAGGCUUAGGCUACCCACUCGCAACCCAACAAUUCUGGCUUCCUGCUUCGGCCUCAGGGAUGCAGAAGUAGGUUACACGGGUUAUGUAAUGCUACCUUAGCGUUGUUGAGGGGACACGUGCAUGACUAAGUAAUGCUGUUCCCUUGUUCCUUUUACAUUUGCUCUAAUAAAUUUGUAUUCUGAAUGAAAUUCUGCGUGAAGUGAAAUGAUACAGAGUUGGAGACAGAGGGAGGGAUGCAGAUCGCAGAAACCCUUCCUUCUCUCCCACAUAGAUGCCAAUAUCCGUGGGCGAAAAGAGUGACAACUAGGAACAAAGAGAACGUUUGUAUCUGCCUCAGUAGAGAGCACUGAAAUUGAGUUUUAGAAUCUGCUGAACCACUUUACUCCAUAACUUUUCAUUAUAGGACAUUAUGUCCCUACAAAGUGGCCCCAUUAAUUGGAUUUUUAAAAAUAUUUAGGGAGAAUUACAAUAAAAGCAGUUUUAUGUAAGAUUUGUCUAUUCCAAUUUUUAUUAAUAAAAAAUUGCCUAAAUGUUCAGCAUGCCAUGUAUUCUUAAAAUACUUGAAAAAUACUGAGGGCAAAAGAAAGUCAUUGAAAAUAUGAGAGUUUGCAAAAUUAGAUUUGUUUCUAUUAAUUUUCUAAUUAAAUAAAGGUGAAAAUCAUCAGUUUUAUUCCAGAGAAAGAAGACAUAAAGAAGGGAAAAUGAAGGCAAGGAAGGAGGGAGGGAGGGAAGGACAGAAGGAAGAAAACAAGAAACAGGCAUUUAUUGAGCACCCAUUAUGAUUCAAAACCAUGUGAGGCACUUCUAUUAAGCAUUCUCUCUCUUUUGUUCAUGUAAUCCUCACUACUACUCUAUGGACCCCAUUUUAUUUCUGGAGGAGAAAGCAAUAAAUUCAACCAUAUUACGUUUGACAUUUAUGACACGACAUAGAUGCUAGGAAGGCCACAUAAAUCCUCCCACAAAAAUUGGCACAGAUACUGCUCUAUAGGAAUUUUCUUUCAAAGGCCUGUUUUUGAUCCAUAACCAUUACAUUUCCUGGCACUAGAUUUUGCUCUGGCCCUGAAAAGGGGAAGCUCUGUAGAUUGGCUCUGAUCCAUAGUAAGUGAUGAGUUUGGCUCUUUGCAGUUAAGAGCAGGAUUCUGUCUGCUUUGGGACCAUUACCUGGGUUCAUGUAUAGUGCUGUUACAAGGAACAAGCCUGAGUUACGAGUUUUCCUGGAUGAUCUUCAGGCUUUAUUUUAAAGGCAAGUGAGACUGCUUCAAAUAAAACAACUCCACGCUUCCAAGAAACAGUUAAGAAGGCAGAGACAAGCAGAAAUACCCCUUCACUAACACUCACACGGUUGCCAUGGACCUGCAUAAGCAGUGGGAGAACACAGAAGCUAACUGGCACAAGGAAAAGAUGGAAUUACUGGACCAGUUUGACAACGAAAGGAAGGAAUGGGAGAGUCAAUGGAAAAUCAUGCAGAAGAAGAUAGAAGAGCUUUGCCAUGAAGUAAAGCUUCGGAGGAAAAUGAACAUGGAUGAACGUGCUAAGAUCAUCAGUCAUGAUCGUGAGAAAGCAAUUCAAGAUCAAGUGCUGGAAUCUUCUCCAAAUUACCCCAGUUCAGGACGAUGUGAAUUUACAAGGAUGAAUUACCGGGAUGGUCUGGAAAAAGAAACUAAAACAGAGCAGAGCUUACUCUGUGAAGGAAAUGAAAUGUGUAAGGAACAAAAAGCAACAAAAAAAUCAAAAGUAGGGUUUAUGGAUCCUUUGGCCACAGAUAACCAAAGAGAAUGUGAGGCGUGCCCUGGUCUGAGGACUUUGAGGGAAGAGGGCAGGAGCUGCUCUGGGGCCCUCAACUUGGCUCUUGAAGAACUUGCCAAAGUUAGUGAAGAAUUAUGCAGCUUUCAAGAGGAAAUCCGAAAGCGGUCUAACCACAGAAGGAUGAAGUCCGAUUCUUUUCUUCAGGAAAUGCCCGAUGUAAUGAAUAUGCCUCAGAGAGACCACAUGAUCAGCCAUGGCCAGGGCAUUCUUCCCAUCGACUUAGAAACAGAAAAGCAGAAAAAUAGAAAGAAUCUAAGCACCACUGUACUCCAAAGCAACUCUAGGAAACCAUGUGAGCUUGAUACAGUUGAUCUGCAAAGAAAUGAAAUUCCACCACUUCCACCUCCAAGAAGCACAUCUCGAAGUUUUCCCAGCUCGUAUUCCAAACAAGCUCAUGAAAGUUUGGAGGGAGGCUCAGACCACAAUAGCCAGAUGGCCCAGGAGGGUCAAGGGAAGUGGAACUGCAGUCCUGAUUUCCUUUGGAGGCACAAUGAGAUUCCUAGGCUGUGUCUAGAUGAAGGGAAGACUUUGAAAGAUGGUAUCACGUUUCCUUCUUUGGCACCCAAAGCCAAAAUAGAUAACAAGCCUCCAUGUAAUGAAAAUGUUGGACUUAGCAUGUGGUCGUAUGACACUGGGAUCAGUGCAAAAAGUAGUCCCUCUCCAUUGUGGUUUCAGAAAACCUGCUCGACUCCCAGUAAGCCACAGUGUGAAAAGAUGAUUCCAGAUCACCCUACUAAAUCUCAUCCUGAUCUUCAUAUAAGCAGUGACUGUAGCUCCUCGGUGACAGAGAGCAAUGGCCCACUUAAAAGUUUCAGUUGUGGCUUUAAGAGAACAACUAGGAAUGAAAAACUGGCAGCAAAGACUGAUGAAUUUAACAGAAUCGUAUUUAGAACAGAUAGAAAUUGUCAGGCAAUACAGCAAAAUCAAAGCUACUCAGAAUCAUCUGAAGAUCAUAAGCCCUGUGAGACCUUAAUUACUCAUACAGGUAACAUAUCAGAAAAUGAUAAUGUGUCUGAUAUUCAGAAAACCAGUGCCCACGUGCCUGUGCCCGGAAAAAAUGUGCCUGACAAUCCCACCAAAAUAUCCACAACAGGCCUAGUCAGACAAAUGCAGGAACACAUGAGCCCCAGCAGUUACCGGAGUAUGCUCCAAGAGCAUGACUGGAGACCCAGUAAUUUGUCUGGCCGGCCAAGAUCAGCGGAUCCUAGGUCAAAUUAUGGUGUUGUGGAAAAGCUGCUGAAAACCUAUGAGACAUCAACAGGGUCUGCAUUGCAAAAUUCUAAAUGCUUCCAGGAUAACUGGACCAGAUGUAAUUCUGAUGUCAGCAGUGGGCCCACGUCAAGUCAGCAGUUAGAAAGACUUCAGUUGGAACAAGAGUUUCAGCAAAAGCCAGCUAUGUGUGGAGCACAGCAAGUAAAGCGAGGAGUAGAUUGGAGAAAGAUAACAGAGGAAUCCAUGGCAGUGAAAUCUCCACAUGGAAAAGGGUUUUCCCGACCUGCUAGACCAGCAAAUCGCCGUCUCCCAUCUAGAUGGGCCUCGAGGUCUCCAUCAGCGCCCCCUGCCUUGCGGAGAACUGCCCCUAGCUAUACCAUUUCUCUGCCAUCUGCAGCAUCGAUGGUCUGAGUCCCUGGCCUGGAUUGCUAGAUGACAAAAGUCCUAAUUGCCAAACAGAGCGUUCGGAGUGUUUACAGCCAAUCCUGUCUCUUCUCUGUCUUUCAAGAUCACUGGGACAAACAAUUUAAAUCUUAACUUCUCAUCAGUCUUCAGUGUUUUUAAUCUAUGGAAUAAUUAUCUUCCUGUAUUUUGAUUUCUUAGAUCAGAAUUUUUUAAUGCCAUCCUCAUUAAUUUGCCAAUAUGAUUUAAGUUGAAACAAUGUACUAUAUUGUAUAUUCUAACUUUCUUGCAAGUGGCAGAAAGCAAGGUUAUGUGCAUGGCCAUGUGUUUGUAGAUGCAUGUGUUGAAAUAGGAAGUAUCCUAGUACGUAUUUAGAUAAGAAAAACGUAUGUGCUAGUGUUGACUUUGAAAUUAUAACAUGUAAACCUA